CUCCACUACCACCAGCAACAACCUCCUCAACUACCACCAGCAACAACCUCCUCCACUACCACCAGCAACAACCUCCUCAACUACCACCAGCAACAACCUCCUCAACUACCACCAGCAACAUGAUGGACCUGUACAGCAACAUACAAGUCGAUGGAACCUUCGUCUUCGGGGACAACACUAACGAACUCUACGACAGCGAUUCCUUCCUCUUCCCUGAGAUGGACGGUUACGGGUUGCCCUUAUCCCCCUCCUUAUCCUCCUCAUCCUCAUCCCUCACACCGCUCUCCCCCGCCUCACAAGAAGGUCAGGAUAUUUUGAUGAACAUUGAGGCUUACGAAAACAACGACGUCCUCAACUGGUCACCUGAGGUGUGUUUUAAAUGGGCCGAAAGUGUAUGCUACCGUAAUGGGAUCGACCUUCAACAAGUGGACCUGUCAGUCUUCUUAGCCGUGACCGGGAGAGAACUCUCUAUGUACAGUCAGUUUGAUUUCUGCAAGUACUUUGGCUCCCUCUACGGCGGGGUGUUCUUUGAAGAAAUGCGCCAGCUGUUUGUUCAGCCGGGGAUAGCCAGCGGGACCCCAAGUUAUGAAUAUGAAGACGCAACAUCGCCGAGUAGUGACUCCUACUCCAACUUUGACGGGGAUUUCUCUGAAAAAAAUGUCACCCCGGAACUAUCCCGUCUCAAGGUCACUGAAGAAGACUUCACCGUGAUGGAUGACUUUUUGCACCAGGAGCAGAAUUGGGAUCUUCUACAACUGGAGACUCAACAGCAGUACCAUGUGGAAGGUCGUGAGAGUAUCGCGCCUACAUACAAUGAGAACUAUACGCACUACUCGACUCCCGUCUCCGCUCCCAUCUCCUGCCCUAUUACUGUCCCUGAAUUGAAAAUUGAGGAACCCAUGAUAUUCGACGACAGUUCCUCCGAGGCGGCGUCUUCACCAGAUGCUGUCGUUCCUUCCUUCAGCCCCUCCUGCAACGCCCUCAAGAAGAUCCGCACCAAGUCCAGGAAGAGGGAACGAGGACCAAAGAACUGGGAGUUUGUGAUCAGACUUCUAGCAGACAAAGACUACAAUCCCUCCUACAUCAGGUGGGAGGACCGAGAAAACAACACCUUCCGGUUUGUCAUACCUGGUGCCGUAGCCAACAUGUGGGGCCGAGGUCAACGCCCAACCUCUCUUACGAUAAUUUCGCCCGUGGUCUUAGGUAUCACUACACAACAGGGGCCCUUCAACCCUUGCCUCUGAGAAACAGCUCGUCUACAAGUGCGGCCCAAAAGCUCUCAAAUUCCUCAGGGAACUGGCCCAUGAGGCGCGCUAAACAGCUCAGCUCCAACACUCGUGAAUGCUGUUGAAAAUAAUCGCUGGAUAUCCUAUUGACGGGAAUCCUUCGACGUAAUAAAGCUGGGCGAGGUCUUUCUGAUCCUGCUGAAGACUGAAGGGAAAUCCUGCUCCUGCUUCUCAUACUCUUUGUCCCUUAAGGUUCUUGUUAAUCUCAAACUUCAUGCGUGUCCUUUGACGAUCCGGCUGACAAGGAAUCCCUUUUGAGGGCGAGCUGAGGGAAAGUUCCUUCUGCUGCAGAAGAAACAAGACUGUGCGUGUGUGUGUGUGUGUGUGUUAGAGAAGUUCCGUGUCGACGAGUGCCCAAUUCUCAGGCUCUGCCUUGAUUACCUCAGAAAGUCAGUACUGAACCAAGUCUGACAGCAGCGCCUCCAAAAAGCCAGUCUGACUUCAGCACCUACAAAAAGCAAAUCCGACUUAACGUGUCCCAAAACCCCAUAAUAAACUCAAACGAAAAAGUAAACAAAUGAUAAAUCUGACAAAGAAAAAAAUAAACGGUGAUUUUAUUUUUGCUCAGAUUAACUGAUUAAAGAACUAUAAACCAUCAGUGUAUGAUAUUAAGCGAGAUUUAGAUUAUAAUAUAUUUAUUGAGACAAAAAAAAAGACCUGACUACAAUGUGUACUGUACCUGAUUAAUAGAAGAUAUAUUAUACAGGGUGAUGGAAAGAGUUUAUUGUAUUGGUGGGUGUCCAGAAUCAUAUCUAUGACACAUACCGUUACAUACUGUAUAUAUUUCACAUAAUAAUUUAUGAUACCUGUAUUACACAUAAUACAUAUAAAUAGAAUAUGCUUAUAAUAUGACCUACUAUAUAGAACAUAUACGGUAAUAAAUCAUGUCUAAUUUGCAUGAUUCCGAUCUGGACACCCUGUAUGUUACAAUUUAUUAACAUAUAUUUAGAUUAAGACAUAUAUAUAUAUAGUUUCAUAUAGCUAUAAAUAAUUUCAACUGUGAUAUUAGGCAUUUUAUAUUUCCAUAUAGAUUUUAUACAGAGAAGCAGCUACACAAGAUUUUUUAUUAUAAAUUAUUUUUCUAUAUCGUUAUAUGCAAUUUUUUUAAAUAAAGAAUUAUCUUAAAUUUU